CAAAUUAAAUCAGAAUCGUCCAACUCCGAUAUGGAGCCGGAAAAUUUUAGAAGAAUUGAAUACGAGGACUUGGUUGAAUGUACCGAUACCUUAGGUGAGAGCAACUACAUAGGCCGUUUCCAAUUUGGCAAAAUGUACCGUGGAGUGCUCGGAACUUUCGAACCAAUUAAUUUGUUGGUGAAGAUAUGGGAAGUUCCAGAAAUAUACAAUUAUAAGCCUGGAGAUCAUAAUAUUAGACUAAUGGAGGAACUCGUUUUACUUCGUCAUGAAAAGGUGAUCAAGCAUCCAUGCAUGGUACAGCUGUAUGGAUUCUGCUCCGACGGUGAACAUAUCAGCGUUGCUUAUUUACUGAAGCCAUUUGAUUCUCUUUUUAACCUCAUUCCUAAAGAUAGUUUCACAUGGCUGCAAAGGAUAAAAACGGCUUUUGGAUUGGCUUCCCUUCUCAAAUUUCUACAUGUCGGAAACCCUUCAUCAUAUUACCCACCUUUCGUAGUUCAGAAUCUUGAUCCUGCUCAUAUAGUGCUUGAUCAGGACUAUACUCCAAGGCUGUGCGAUUUUGGUCUGGUAUGUGGUGGAUUUUUCCCCGAUAGGAGAUCGUAUUCAGGGCCCUUGGGUUGCUAUGGCUACAUCGAUGUUAGUGCAUCCAAUCAAGGUGAUUGCUCGAUCAAGAAAGACGUGUUUGCAUUUGGGGUGAUACUUCUAAGUUUGAUAUCGAAGAGAGUAUACACAGAAGAAGACAGGCAAUCUGGUUUACCAACUGUUUACGAAUGGGCUUUAGGACAAUGCCAAGCGUUUGAAUCGUACAGUGAAAUGAGAGAUGCAAAGUUUUCGCUUGUGCAUAAAAGUAUGGCGUCUGAAAGCGAAUUUUGUGGUGAUGAUGGGCACAAGAUUACUAUGAUUGCGUUAGAAUGUGUUAAUACAGUCCAAUCGGAAAGGCCUGCAAUGAAGCAAGUUUUUAGAGCUUUACGCAAACUCGAAGUCGUUAAGAACUAUGCUGACUUCAUCGGAGCAAACAACAAAAUGCUGUUGCGGCCAUGUGAAAAAUACUAAAUAGCUACUGUUGUAUUUUGAAUUUCUUAGUUUCUUUUUUUUUUCUUUUUUUUUUUGGAGGAAAAAGAAUAGGCAUAUAUAAAUAGCCAAAUUGACAAGAAGCUUCCUUACAAUAAUAAUUCCAGACAGAAGCUAAAUCAUGAGGAA